AUACUGCAGUGAUCCUCGACUUCUGAACGACCAGUUUCACUGAGGUUAUACCCACAAUAGGUGCACAACUGCAUAGAUCUGAAAUGCCAUAAGAAUGCAGUAGGCUGGAGGAAGAAAUUGUGCAGCUGUUGUAGGAUGGGGGUGGGACCAAAGAGACAAGGAACCGGAGCUACAAAUGGAAAAGAUAAGACAUCUGGUGAGAAUGAUGGACAAAAGAAAGUUCAAGAGGAAUUUGACAUAGACAUGGAUGCGCCAGAGACAGAGCGGGCGGCCGUGGCGAUACAGUCCCAGUUCAGGAAAUUCCAGAAGAAAAAGGCGGGGUCCCAGUCCUAGUAGCUACCUCAUAGCUGAAAGCAAAGUAACCCUGAAAUGAUUUAUCAAGAAAAUCAGAAAUAUCACAAAAAUGCAUGUACAGAAAUGAUCAAUAUUUAAAGCCUCAUUGGCAGAUAACAAACCAUAAGCUUGUGUGUGACUUCAUCCCAGGUGUUUCACACCCAUUAUCCUCUGUAACUCACCAUUUUACUUGAUGUUGUAAUAAAAAGUUAGGGUGAAGUAAUUAAAGUGUCUGCCUUCAUCUGUCCUUUCAUAUUAAUCUAGCAAGCGCAGCGUUACAAAUGAACCCAGCCCAGAUGCCUAUUUUCCUCUUCACUUAAAGCGUGGAGACAUAACGGCACCGUAUGUUACAAGGUUUUUGCUGAGAGAUGAAAGCAUGUGCCUCAGCCCUGCUUACCUCAUUUGGAGAAUUCCAGCUGCCAGCCAAAUGGAACAAUAAAAUCCCUUUCUCAUAAUAAGCUUAAAGUAAAAAGUUGCAGACAGAAGCUGACAGGAGGAGAAGAGGUAUAGGAAGCCACGGAUAUUUAUUUUUGUCUUGCAAUUAUGCCAGUAAAGUGGCUUAAGUGGGGAAAUUGUCAUUGUCCUUCCUGUUUGAAUGAUAAAGUCCAGCUUGGACUUUGGAGGGAAAAAAAAAGGAAAAUCCAAUUUCAGAACUCUUUGGAAGUUGUUUAUUUUUAUUUUUAAAAAUAGAAGCUGACUCCCUAUACUCUGUUCACUCUCCGUCUAGUCAGUAGCAAUUUCUAUGCCAUUUCUCUAUUUCAUAUUAUUUGUAGUAUUUGAUCUCUAUUUCAUAUUAUUUGUAGUAUUUGAUGAGUAAAUCAGACUCCCUCUCUCCAUCUACACUACUUGUAAUUUAAAGUGAUUUUGCAUGAAACCCUGUAUCACUGUAUUGGCCCAGUUUUUUAUUCACAGAAAACAGCCACAGCAAUGUUUCUUAUACUGGGACGUUUUUUAUUUUCUCCCUGCUGUAAAGGAGCACCAGUCCAGUUCCAGGCUAAACCUGAGUGAAAAUCUUGCCUGGCGUCUAACCUGAUCAGAAAUUAGCUGCCUAUAUAGGGCGCAGGGAAGGUUCAGAAAUAGUUUUCAUGGUUUCUUGUAGUCAGAAAACUGAGCUAUUUAGAUGGAGCAACCAGCGUAUUCACUACACAGAGACAUGUCAAAAAUCCCACCCUCUUCUCAGUUCCAUCAGCAGGUGUGAGGGUUGCAGUAGGCGUCUUCAUCCCUGGGGAAAUUAGAGGCAGAAGUGUUUUCAGAAGGACUGGUGUUUACAGCAGUUCUCCAAGAAAGCAGCAUAAUCCUCACCUCCAGACUGACGGAGGCAGGGGUGCUGAGAGGUGGCAGCCUGCCUACCCUUAGCUGAACAGCCUGGAACUGAGACUGCUUCCGGUGUGAGAGAUUCGGGUGUAAUUCCCAGCUCUGUCUAGAGGCAUUGGCUGUCUAUUCUCCCUCCUGCCACAGCAGGACAGAGGACAGAUCAUCAUGCCUCUCCUGUAAACUGGAAGCUACCUCUGAGGGAUAGGAAUGGAGGAAAAGUGAAGAUCUCGAGCUGCUGGCAAUCACUUCCCAUGACAACCCCUUGGAGCAGCAAUACUGAAAAGGUUCAAAGCUGUGAGUGAAAGCCAGGCUGCACGACUGCAGAAGGAAGGCCUUCAGCCUUAUACAGGUUAAGGCACUUAUAGCAUUGGGCAGCAAUUUAGUGAGAAGCUAAAAUGUGAUGGCAGGCAGUAGGAGCUCUGGUACCAUGCUUAACUAGGAGGAGCCCGCGGAGAUACCAGGCAGAGGAACUCUUGUGGAUCCUGUGGGCAAGGCAGAACUGAUGUGCAGAGACAGUGUGUGAGGUGUUCAAUAAGCAUAGCAAGACUGGGUGGGAAUGGACAGGACAUUUUAGAUCUUAGUUCAGAGCUGAUAAGCCCCUAAAUGCCACCCAGAUGCUGCCUUAGGCACUUUUGCCUGUGUCAGACCCUGGCUGUGUGCACAUCUCUUGUAAAGGCAGAGUUCUCUGAGCUACAGCUGAGUGCUUCCACUCCAGGAGAAGCAUUGAUUCUCUGUGCUUAGGAAUUUCACCUCAAACAACACUGCUGCUGUGCUCAAAGUGUACCUUAUGGAGGCUACAGAUUCCCCCCUUAUCAUUCACAGAGACUGCUCACCACUUAAUAAUCACUUUAGUAUAAUAAUUGAAAAAUUGUAAUGGGUUUGGACUGCGUUGGUGUCAUUUUGUUUAGAUGAACAUAUGUCUGUAAUAAGGGACUACAUUUGCGUCCUGCAUUAUGUCAUGUGAAAUAGCAUGAGCUCUGUAAUAGCUACUUAACUGAAUAAAAACUAUGGGU